GUCGGGAAGCAGGAUGUGGCUGAUGUUGUCGGCUAACGAGCAGGAAACCGAUGGUUUUAACGGUGAACGCAGCGGAAUAUAAUCACGCAGUCGUCUGGACAGAACCGUGAAGCUCGUUAUUUCCACUGAAAGCAGCAAAAACGAACAAAUAAAUCACGGUUUCUGUCGGCCUGCCGAGGAGAGCCGAGCGGGAUGAGCGGGGCUGCUCUGGGCAUCGAGAUCGUGGUGGUGUUUUUCCUGGCGCUGUUCCUGCUGCACCGAUAUGGAGACUUCAGGAAGCAGCAGCGCAUGGUGUUGUUCGGCACGCUGUUGGCCUGGUACCUGUGCUUCCUCAUCGUCUUCAUUUUACCUCUGGACGUCAGCACGACCAUCUACAAGCAAUGCAAGAUCGACCACGAGGAGCACGUCUCUGCACCCACCGUCAGCCCGUUAGCAUCCAAUCACACGACAGCGAACGCGUCCAUCACACCCACUAAGAGUGCGCCAAAGCCGUGCUACAAGCCGUGGAGCUACAUCCCUGACGGUAUCAUGCCAGUGUUCUGGAGGGUGGUGUACUGGACGUCGCAGUGUCUCACCUGGCUGCUGCUCCCCUUCAUGCAGUCAUACGCCCGCUCUGGAGGCUUCUCCAUCACUGGGAAGAUUAAAACAGCGCUGAUAGAGAACGCCAUCUAUUACGGGACCUACCUGCUCAUCUUCGGCUCCCUGCUCAUAUAUGUGGCUGUUCACCCCGAGUGGCACCUGUCCUGGUACGAGCUGCAGACCAUCGGGAUCACGGCGGCUAACACCUGGGGCCUGUUCCUGCUGGUGCUGCUGCUCGGUUACGGCUUGGUGGAAAUCCCUCGUUCCUACUGGAACGCUUCCCGGCACGGACACUUGCUCAUCAAGACGUACUUCAAGGCGUCCAAGCUGAUGACGGAGAAGGCGGAUGCGGAGGAGAACCUGGAGGACGUCAUGGAGGAGGUGAGAAAAGUCAGUGAAUCCAUCAAGUAUAACCAUCCGCUGAGGAAGUACAUCGACACAAUCCUCAGAAAAUGCCCAGUGGAUUACCAAGAGAAGAUGGGCAGGAACAUGGACGACUAUGAGGACUUUGACGACAAACAAAACACUUAUCCCAGUGAGAAGAGCCUGGUGAAGCUUCAUAAACAGGUGAUCUAUGCGGUUCAGAGACACAACAGGACUCGCGUCCAGUGGCAGAUCCUCCUGCAGCAGGCCAUCCACCUGGAGGACGUAGCCAAGAACGAGACCAGUUCAAGCCACCAGUUCGUCCACAGCUUCCCGUCCUCUGAGCCGGCCGGCUGGUUCGGCAGAUACGUGUACACGCAGACCGUAGAGUGGUACUGGGAGUGUCUCUUGAAGCGCUGGUUCUACCGGCUGCUGUCUGUGGUCCUGACCCUGUUCAGCGUGGCCGUGGUCUGGUCUGAGUGCACCUUCUUCAGCACCCGGCCCGUCCUCUCACUGUUCGCUGUCUUCAUCCAGCUGGCCGAAAGAGACUACAACUACCUGUACAUCGAGAUGGCGUGCUUCAUCACAAUCUUCUUCCUGUGCACCUGCGUCUACUCCACCGUGUUCCGCAUUCGUGUUUUCAACUACUACUACCUGGCCUCCCAUCACCAGACCGACGCCUACAGCCUCCAGUUCAGCGGCAUGUUGUUCUGCCGGUUGACGCCUCCUCUGUGUCUCAACUUCCUGGGUUUGAUCCACAUGGACUCCGCCAUCUCCCACCAGCAGAAGGAGCAGACUGCUUACACCUCGAUCAUGGGAUCAAUGCGUGUUCUCUCUUUUAUCGCUAACGGCUUCUACAUCUACUACCCCAUGCUGAUCGUCAUCCUCUGCAUCGCCACCUACUUCAGUCUGGGGACUCGCUGCCUGAACCUCCUGGGCUUCCAGCAGUUUGUGGGUGACAGUGAAAUGACCUCUGACCUGAUCGACGAGGGCAAGGAGCUGAUCCGACGAGAGAAAAGGAAGCGACAGAGGAUCGAAGAUGGCGAGAACAGACGCAGAGAGUGGAAGGAGCGUUAUGGAAACAGUAGAGAGGACUACACUGCGAGGAACAGGAGCAGUCAUGAGAUGAAGGAGACCAGUUACUCUGACUCCGUGACCUCCAGCAACAACAGACAAGCUAAAUAUUCUCGUUCUGGGAGUCGAGCGGAGAGGGACUGCAUCGAGCUGCUGCAGGACGCCGAACCUUUAGACUUCAAUGCCGAUUCUCUGACGGACGAUCCUCUGGACGCAGAGUCUGGCAGACAUGCAGGAGGACGCUACCUGUCCAUGUCGUCGUCUCGGAGCCGAAUAUUCGACGACGUCUGACGGGGAGAAGAAGUCUGAAACGUCACUGUCUACAGGAAGUGAACGCACCACAUGACCCACAUCUCACAGCUCCCAGGAUGCAUGGUAAUUAAACAAACAGGCCACACGUGUCAGUGAAGUCUUCAUAAACCCUUUGCAUCAGGUUUCAUGUCCAGCUUGGCCGCAGCUGAUUGGAGGCACUUUGGAAGGAAUAUAAAGUCACAUAAAGGUCUGGUAUGAAUGCAGACUCAGACUGAUUCUGGUCCUGAUCCGGUCCAGAUCCCCCUCCUGCUUGUUUGAGCUGCAUGAUGGCAGGAGUUCUCCGACUGUCUGAGCAUGAGUCUGCAGCAGCUGCAUGCUCACCCGUCACUGAAUGAGAGGUUCGAUGGAGGUCUGUGGACGUGGACUUUAUUUAUUCGUGUUGAGGAUUUAUUUAUCUGUCUGUCGUCGAUAAACCUGAUCGAGAACGCUCUGACGUUCCGCAACACACCCGCAUCAUCGGGUAUGAAAGAACGCAGCUCUCACAUGGAAGCAAACAACAGCCGAACAGCUGGAGUGAAUCACUGCUGAGAAUAAAAGCAUCGCUGAAUUUAAAGUCUUUUAUUUUGAAAAUCUGGUUUCCGUGCUUUGAAUGUCUGGAUUGACAGAAGACGAAGUGAUGCAGCUUCAGGUGAGCAGCUGGGGGUCACCUGACAAACAGCUGAUCAGACUCUUGAACCGAGCGACUGGCAGGGUAUAACCUGAUUGGUCGGCGGUCUGUCCAAUCAGUGCAGCCUCGUUUUCGAUCUGACCGACAGAGUGAACCAACACCUGUAACCACGCCGCUGGUGAUGUCACAGCCUGAUGUACACCUGAGCGUCCCGGCGGCGAGGUGAGAGUUAAAGUUCAGUAAAAGUCAAACCACAUCCUGUCAGUUCAGAGGUGGUUUUCAAAAUAAAAGCUGAAUCAUUUAAAUUCAGUGAUAUUUCCGUAUGUAGUCUUUAAGCUGCUUGUGCGAUGAAGAGGAGUCCGGCUGUUGUUUGCCUCCAUGCAGGCGGCCGUGUUCCUGCACCACCAUCACAAACCAUGUGAUUAUUGUGUGUCUGACUUUUUUUCUCCAUGUUGUGUUCAAACGAUGUGAACUGUCAUUCAAACUGUCACUUUGACGUGAAAAUGUUUCCGUAUCUGUAAAUUCAUGCUGAAAAGGGAAGAAGAAGAAGUUUUUGUGUGUUUCAGCUCGUUCUUCACAGCUGAUUCAAAGCUGCGGAGUUCCUUCACUUCCUGUCGGCGUCCGCGGUCGCGACACGACUGCUGUGGAUCUAAAGAUGUGAUAAUUACUGCGCAGCUCGACAUCUCUCAUCUUCAGUUUCCUUCAGAAAUACAGCAGAGAAUGUUUUCUUCGUACAUUUUUUAAUGUGAAUAUGAAAUUUGACCCUGAAAUAAAUAAGACACUAAGAGUCGUUGUCUCUAUCAGGUGAAAAACGAUGAAGGUUUAUGUCACAAAACGUCACAUUAGUGUGUGACGUGUGUGUGUUACAGUUGAUUUGGCGACCCCUCUGGUCACUGGUGGUAACAGCAGGAGAAAAACUUGGCCUGUGAUCAUGCUAGCUAUUAGCUAACAAUCUGUGUGUUCACCAACCCCAUGCUUUUAUUGUGAAGUAGCAGCAGUAGGAAACAGUUUGGAUCCCUGUAGAAAGACAGUGACAGCCACUGUGUCGAGGUAAAGACAGGAUGUGAAUGAUUAAUUGGUCACUGCUGAUUAGAUUGUGAGUGUAAAUGAUGUCGGUGUGUCUGGAUCGAUUUUUAAUGAUAAUUAUUAGUUAGAAUUUGAAGCAGCGGGAAGGCCCUGAGGCCGUGGAGCUGCUGUCUGCCCCUCGUUUAGCAUGUAGCGUUAGCUCGGCUGUCGAUGAAGAGGUCCUGCCGGCGGGUUCAGCUCAGCUUCUUGAACCUGACCUGAGAACAGUGACUGUGCUCAUAUCGCCAUGUGUAUAUAUGUAUGAUAUGUUUUGUAUCAUAUGAGCUAAUACUGAUCUACAGAAGCAUUAAGGUGACUUUGUAUUUAUUGUGCGGUAACUCUUCCUCCUGUAGUGUUUCACUCUGAUCAUGUUGAUUUGAUUCUCUGGUUCUCAGAUAUAAUCAGUCGAUCUGUGUCUUAUUGAUUAUUAAGAGAUGCUGCCAGUGUUGUGUCAAUAAAAUAAUCAGUGUCGCAGACA